GGUCUUCGCGCGCCGGACUAUCUGGUCGAUCCUCAGCGUUCCCGACGGUUGUUGUUUACCACCUGCGUUCUUGCGUUAGAAUUCGCCUGCCGGUUGUUUUCCACAUCGACGUAAAUUUACGGACCCCCCCCCCAGCCCCGCCCCUCGCCGCCACACCCCCCCCCCCCCCGCCGCCGCCGCCCCCGUGUAACAAGUGUUUCGACGAGUUUGGUGUGAUAGUUUUUUUCUUACGUAUACACGCUUGUAUAACUUGAGUGGUUGUUUUUUUUUUUUUUCUUAUAAAUUUUUGUGAUCAGUGCACGAUAACAAUGACGACGAUGACGAUCCUUCGGGGAAAAUCUACCUCGACGAGCAUCAUUCUCUGGACCUGCCUCGCAUAUCUGUGCGCUUCGAUUCAAGCCGACACGCAGAAUAUCAACGUCUCGAUCAAUCCCUCGGGAGAGACGACGGUACGCACUGGACAAAAUCUCACGAUACUCUGCAGCGUGGGCGUACCUUUGAAAACCUGUCGCGUUGAAGUUCCUCAGGAAAGGAGCGUGAUUCUCGAGCCCAAUCAGCCGUCCGAAGACGGAAUUGGAUGGUACGGCUCAUCGUUGGAUGCUGGACAAUGCGGGGUGUUUAUCGCUCAAAUAAAGGAAAAACACGACGGCAUAUUCAAGUGCUCCCUCACUCCGAAGAAUGCCAGAUACGAGAGCUACAACACCUUGAGAAUUAUCGUUGCCAAACCUCCGGUCAUGCCUGAACUGAUGGUCUUCCCUGGACGUCGUGGUGAACGGCAAAAUUACGAAAAGGGAGAAACGCUGAAGGUCAGCUGCCGUGUCAAGGCUGGUCGACCAGUUGCAAACGUGUCUAUAUUUUUCGGCGACGAACAAAUCGGUCUUGAGGAGAGGCCGAUAGUUUACAACUACAACAACGACUCGUACGUCAUUCAAAAUGCGACACGAGUCUUGUCUUGGACUGACAACGGGAAGGUGUUACGCUGCGACGCUACUCAUCUCGCUCUGGAUCGGCCCCUUUCGGCAAAACAGCAGAUCUCAGUCUUAUACGCGCCGCAACCCCAGCCUACAAUCGAAAGGUUUGGAUUCGUGAUUGGUCAGCCUGGUACAGUUAACGUAACGGUUCAAGCGAAUCCCCGACCGCAAUUCAUGUGGCGUAUUGACGACGACAAGGUCGACGAGGGUCAAUUUGACAAGAGCAAUCGCAUCAGGUCGUCCAGAGCAGUCGAAUUAGGCAAAGGCUAUUGGGAAAUUACCCUGAAUAUCGACAGUGUUCAAAAGUCCGACACCGAGAAGAAGUACGUUUUGUUAGUCAACAAUGAGCUGGGAUCUACCGAGUACCAAAUCGUUUUGUCAACGUCAACGGAACCUGCUGAAGGUAUAUCUAACCGCACUACUUCACCACAUGCUCACGCAGGAGCGUUCAGUCACUUCUAUGGUAAGCUCGCCGAAUCAAUGCACGCACUAGGAGAUCUUGACGCCGGGUCUAUCAUCGGCAUCGUCGUUGGAGUUUUGAUCCUCCUUCUUAUUGUGUUCCUUAUCAUCUUUGCACGUGCUACGGGUCGUUGGUGUUUCGCAGGUGGUUCCUCGACCAGGACGAUUGGAGAGUCAGACAUAGCAGAUCCAGCAGCAAGCGUUAGCCUUCUUCGCUUCCGAAAACCAAAACCAGAUGAUCCAAAUGCGGGGCGAAGAAGUGACACCGAAAGCGCCGGACGUUACUCUAGAAGCGAAGUCGACAGCUCGGCCUCCGCGGCAAGACGAGCAAGAGCAAAGAUGAAUUUUUCACAACUCUUCAAACGCAACAAGGACAAAGUUUCUGGAACCGACACGGACACCGUCAGAACCGUCGUGACUGUCGACGACGAAAAGAUUCAAACAAGCGAUGCACCGCAAGCCGUCACUUUAAACUCGGCAAAUCCUGCCGUUGGGGAGGGUGGCCUCGUCUAUGCCGAGCUGGACCUAACACAGCAGAAAAACGUGGCCCCGCGCAGGAUCGACGAUGAUGCUACGGAAUACGCUGAGAUCAUUUACACGAAACCAGAAGCCGAGGAAGCGGCUCAUGCCGCGAACAAGUAAUUUACGUUAGUCGUUGAAUCUGCAGACGAAGAGUGCGAUUGAUAUAAAAUUAUUACGAUGAAUAUGCGAUAGCCGCGUAAUGAUACUUUUUUAUUUCUAUAUGUAUUAAUCUUCAUCAGGCACUAUAUAUUCAAUCACGUGAGUAUGCGUAGAUUCAUUAGAACACACUUUGUAGAGAUAGAAUUUGUUUCGCACAUACAAUAUGUGUCGAAAAAGACGACGCAACGCAUUGUUCAAUUGGUAAAAUGUUAUAAUCAAAAAUUUAUGAGAAUCAAACGACUGCUUCUUCAUUCACGGUCAGUGAAAUUGAAUCUUAACGCGUGUUCUGUCCGUCAUGGUUUUGACCACUCUUAUAAGCAGUUAUUCGUGGUACACUAAUUUAAGCUUAAACAUAACAAGUACCUUGGCGAUAUAUUAUAAUAUUAUAUAUAUUGUGGAUAAACGCCGUAACAUUUGAAGUCCAGAGACCAAUAUUAAUUAGUUUAGUUUUACUUCUUAUUAUACGAUUUUUCGGAAUAAUACGUCUAUGAUUAGGCAUAAGUUAUAGUUAUUAUUCAUCGUGACCAACUAUUCGAGACUUCGUUGAAUUACCGUCCUUCCGUCAUCGAGAACUUAUUUCACAACCGAAUCAUGCUUUGUACACGUAUGAAUAUGAUGAAAAAAAUUGGACUAUGCAGAUGAAAUUUUACUGAAUUGCUUAAAAUAAAUAUUUAGAGACAAGUUGAUAUUUUGAUAUUGAUUAGGAGCUUUUCAACCGUCCGUUAUAUAGAGAUAAUAUUUAAGUAAGCUCGUACAAAUACCGAACAGCCAGUCGUUGAUUAUAAUUAUCGUGAGGUGGUAGUUGCAACAGCGACUUAGUAUAUUGAUGUAUUGAUAUAAGCACGCUUACAGCUGGAAUGAUGUAAGACUUUUUUAUAUAGAGCAAGCAUUAUUGCACUCAAUUUGCGAAUAAUAAGAAUAGUAAUAGAAAAAUUCAGAUGAGAUUUUGAUAAGUGUAAGAUGAGAGAAAAGCACGAUUACUACUUAAAAAUACGUAUUUAAGUUCAAAUUUGAUGAGGUGCUUGAAUAAGUAGCAUCACUAUUGUAGACCUUUGUGCUGAGAAAUGCUGUCUAUCUCACAGAGCAAAAAAAAAAAUAUUCGCCUUCAAACAAGGCAAGCCAUUCAAAUUCCAAGUUUGAGCUGUACUACAAGAUCCGAAAUAUCGUGAAUGUGAAUUUUGGAUAAAUACUAAGGAAAAUCGAGAUAUAAUUCACAGAUAUUUGAUUUGCAAUAUAAAAUGCCUAUUUCGACGAAAAUAGACGGUUGAUAGUCGAUUGUAACCUUGAAAUAUUGUAGGAACAAGCUGUAACAACAAGGAAUGAUUCUGAGGAUAUUCAUAGAGCGAUACAUUCAGCCGUCAGAUCCAAUUUAAAUGCACGAAAUAAAGUUCACUGAAAAGCAAUUGCAACAAUUCAGUAGCUACACGUCUCGAAUGAAUCCUGCAGAAUCAUGGAAGUUCAUAAGGGCUGUAUUGGAACACACACAUUUAUGUCUUACUUCUGGAAACACAAACUCUGUGAAAUACGAAGAAACACGAAAUAAAACCGGAUAUUAACAUA